GCUAUGAACCCGGAUGCUACAUCCCUAGAGACAAUGAAAACACUCGUACGCAUUUAACAAAAUCCUUGAGCUUGUUAAAUCACUCGCUGGCUGGCAGUGCAAGCGAAAGGAUGUAUAAUUUACUGCUGUUGUUUGGAAUAUUCAUUUCUGGAGUGAAAUGCGGUUAUUACUUCGUUACGGCGCCAAAUAUAAUACGGUUUAACCACGAUGAGACGGUUGUUGUGAGUGUAUUUGGACUGAACAAUGCAGUUGUCAAGGUCUGGCUUCAACACGGCGAUAAAAAGUUUUCCGAGAUCGAUGCUCGCGUUCUGAACGAAAACGCACCGAGGCAUGCGAUUAUUAAAGUCACAGAGAAUGAUCUGUUUGACCCUGAAGUUGAAGAGAAGCCAAGAAAAAUCAAACUAUGUUCGGAAUGGAAUGGACAGACACAAACAAGAGAAGUAAUAGUAAGCUAUCGCACAGGCUACCUGAUUGUACAGACAGACAAGCCGAUCUAUACUCCUCAACAAAAAGUGAAAAUAAGAACUUUAGCACUUGACGAGUCCUUAAAAGCUGUUGUUGAUGGCUGGCAAGUGGGUAUGGAUAUUGUCAGUCCGUCAAAUUUAACAAUGGCAAGGAGGAGGAUGGCACAUAAGCCCAGUGGAUUCUAUCAACACGAGUUUACCUUGCCACCUUACCCGGAAGUAGGAUUAUGGACAGCUAGAGCUUUUUAUGAGGGACAGUACGAAACAGAAUCCCGCUCACUCUUUGAAGUUCGAGAAUAUGUUCUUCCUACAUAUGGUGUAACCAUUGACGUCGAUGUUCCGUUCAUUCUUCAGGAUACAGCUGACAUAUUGGUCACAGUAACAGCCAAGUACGUAUAUGGCAAGCCUGUGCAUGGAAAUGCAAGACUUACCUUGAACUUGAAAGAUGAAAAUGGAAUCAGCGAAUACAUUCUGGAUGUCGGGAAAAAGUCGAUGGAAACUGGAAAUCAAGACAUUGAAGGAAGUGUAACUGAAUUCUCUAUUCCUGUUGAUCGUAUCCUAAAUUCUCCGCUGCUACAAAACAGUGAUUUCCCGGCCGGGAAUCGGUUAGAAGUGGUUGCUACGGUCCUAGAAAGCGCCACCGGCAAGGAAGAAGCUACAAGCCACGAAGGAACAAUAUUUGCCAUUCAGCCGUAUAUAUUCAAGUUUACGAGGUCAAAAUUAUACUUCCGACCAGGAUGGGAGUAUUUCGUGAAGGUUGAAAUGUUAUUUGCAAACGGACAACCAGUUACAGGGGAAAAACUGAAAGUGAAGAUGUUUAAGAACGAUCAGUUUGAUAGCUCUAUAGAAGCAGUGACAGAUAGCAAAGGACGAGCUGUGUCCAUUUUUAUAACUUCACAAGAUGCCGCUAAAAUCACGUUUAAGGCAGCGACUUUAGAUGAACGACAAGAGAGUGAACCAUUUGAAGUGACUGCAUAUGCUGGACAGAAUCAGAUUCAAGUGGAACGUAUUAUUACCAACGACAACAUGAUGUUAAUGCGAGCAUUUACAAACAUACAAGGUGCUGGCUACACUGGAAUGCUUUUCAUGGUGGUGACCAGAGGACAGAUUGUAUACACACAGUUUAAAGACGCAGCAAACCAGGCUAGUGUAGAGAUACCGGAAGAUCUCCAAGAGAUAAUAACUCCCAAUGCUCGCCUUCUUGUAUUCUAUGUCGACAAAAAUACUCAUGAGCUGGUCGCUGAUUCCAUCAAGUUCGACGUAGAGAAGAAAUGCCGUGGUCAUGGGCUUAACUUGGAGACGAUAAAACCCCUACUGAAACCUGGAUCCAAUGACCAGUUGACUAUUUCUGGCUCCCCGCUUAUGUGGGUUGGUCUUAAUGUUAUCGACAAAGCCCUCCUACUACUCAACGACAAAAACGUUCUUAGGAAAAGCAAGAUGUUCGAUGUUCUCCAGUCACAUGACAUUGGAUGUGGAGAGGGCAGCGGAGAAACGAAUGGUGAUGUAAUCAUGAAAUCCGGACUGACGGUAUUAACGAAUGCUAUGGUAGAUGAGGACCGCAUUGUGAGGAACAAAGAAAAUUGUGAAGGAAAGAAGAGGAGAAAACGUGAUAUUGACACUGACAGUUGUUACUAUGGUGUUGACGAAACGUGCUGUGAUAACGGAUACUAUUACGCGGAGGAACUUAUCUACGAAGCCGAUUUCCCAGAACGUCUAGAUCCGUAUGUUAAUUGCUUUGUAAAAGCAAGAAAUCUGACUGACGGCAUAUCAGAUAAGACAAGUAAAACGGCUCUGCCAACGAAAUGUAUCAUGGCUUUUUUUCUAAGCUGCAUGGAGGAACUAGAGGACAGAAUAGGAACAGACUUUAUUGUAUCAAAAUCCUUGGGUGACGAGAGUGAAUAUGCCGCGGACCUUGCACGGUUGGCAGACGCAGGAGUCAAGCCUAGAACCAGAUCAGAUUUCCGGGAAUCAUGGCUUUUUGAGGUCGAUCAGCUUGAUCAAAAUGGACAGAAAAAGAAAAUACUUAAUUUUCCAGACUCUAUAACCGAAUGGAAGAUACAAGCAGUUGGAAUAACUCAAGACAAGGGCAUAUGUAUAGCUGAUGCAAUCGAUGUAAAAACGUACAGAGACUUUUUCGUACAGCUUGAUCUUCCCUAUAAGGCCGUCCGUCUGGAACAUUUUGACGUGAAAGCAACUAUAUUUUCCUAUGGACUUCCUGUUGAUGACAACAAACAGGCUAAUAUAUACUUGCACGGUGUAGAACAUCUUUGUUAUAACAAAGACGCAGGAGAAGAAUCCCCUAGAAUAAGGAUCGAAUUGCCACCUAACAGUGCCAAAACCGUGAGUUUUCCCAUGAUACCACUCAGACCUGGAAAGUUUCCGGUGAAAGUAAGCGCCAUGGUUACAGAUUUUGGCAUACCGGAAGUUGACGUAAUUGAAAAGAAGUUAUACGUCGUGAAUGAAGGUGUGGAAGAACAGAUCGCAAUAAAUGUUUGUUUAGACCCCAAGAAUCAAAAAGAUGACUGCAGAAAUGAUGAUCGAGUAAAAAGCGAUGUUCGAGGAAGCCACGAAAGGGUGUACGAAAUAGACCUCACACUUCCAGAAAACAGUAUUCCGCAAACCGGUGCAGCUACGGCGUAUAUUCAAACUAACAUAAUGGACAACGUUGUGAAUACUAUAAUAGAGGGUGUUGAAUCUCUGUUUCAACAACCGGCUGGUUGCGGGGAACAGACAAUGAUUCGACUUGCGCCAACAGUAUCUGCCAUGUAUUACUUAAAGGAAACAGAUCAGGUGACAGCUGAAAUAGAAGUUAAGGGAAACCAGUAUAUUAGGGAUGGUGUGAACCGCGAGGUGUCUCAGUACCGACAUCCGGAUGGAUCUUAUGCCGCCUGGCAAAACCGGCAGUCAAGUACCUGGCUGACGGCAUUUGUUGCAAAAAUAUUUUGUCAAGCGAAGAAGGUUGUGGACGAUGCAGUCGACGAAGAAAAAGAUAUAAAAUUAACAAUAGACUGGCUGAAAAACCAGACUGACGAUGGCUCAUUUGUUGAUCAUAUGCCGGUUAUACACCGAGAAAUGAUUGGACAAAUCAAUGAAAGGGAUCCGUCGCUCACCGCCUUUGUACUGAUCACGUUACAGGAAUGCGGUAUAAAAUCGGAUGGUUUGAAAAACACCAUUAAAAAGGCAAGAGAGUAUUUGGAAGUUUUACCGGAAGAGAUGUUAAAGAAUAACCCUUACUUACUGGCAAUAAGUACAUACGCUUUGGCUUUGACAGACAGUAGAGAAAAAUACAGAUUCAAGGGGUUAUUACACGAAAUGGAAAAAAGGGAUGGGCAAGAUAUGUAUUGGGUAAAUGCUGACGGCAAGCCUGGAAGUGCUCAGUCCGUGGAAACAACAUCAUAUGCACUUCUUGCUAUGAUUGAAUUCGGUGACUUCAAAAGUAGUGCGUUUAUCGUUAGGUGGCUAACGUCUCAAAGAGAUGCAAGAGGAUCGUUCAAAACAACACAGGAUACAGUAGUCGGUCUUCAAGCGCUGUCACGAUACAGCAUAGCAACUUAUGAUCCUGACGUGGAUCUCGCAGUGGAAUUGUUAGCAGAAGGCUGGGCUGGAAGUCAGUUUGAUGUUAAUAAGGAGAAUGCUGUAGUUCAAAAGAUUGUUAAAAACUUACCUGUAGAGAAAGGAAAUAAUGAGUUGACUGUGAAAGUUAGCGGCCGGGGAAGUGGUAUCAUGACAAUUGACUUGCGGUAUAACAGACCAGCUAGUGAAGAGGAAGAGUGUCCUUUUGAAAUUUCUGCUAUUGAUGUCGGCGAGAGUAAUGAUGCUCCAAUUGAUGUUAAUCUAGGAAAUGAACGGAACUGUGAUGUGUGCGGUCAAUGUGAAGAUGAACCUGAUGAACCAGAUUAUGACUUUUUUGAUCCUCCUGCGGAGGCAGAACCUAAAAUUGAAAGUAACUUUGGAAGACGGAGGAGACAGGCAAACAGGAAAGUUAGAGCUACCAGUUCCAAAAAAUGUAUCCGAUUUAGUGUCAGUUCUAAAAAUGAGAAAGUGCAUGGCAUGUCCAUUGUUAAUUUUGGACUAGAGACUGGUGUGGAAAUUGUCCAGGACGAUUUAGAGAAGCUUGUGGCAGACAAUCCAAACAUUGCAAGAUAUGAAAUGCCAUCCAAUGGCAGAGGCUUUGUGGUGUUUUAUUUAGACGAGGUCACAUCAAACGAAACAAAGUUCAUAUUCCGUCUGAAAGACAUGUUUGAAGGUAACAUAAAUUCGAGACAACCAUCAUCUGUUAAGGUCUACGACUACUAUCAUCCAGAUCAGCAUUGCACACAGUUUUAUGGAACCGGUCCAAACAGAGGUCAGAGCGUUUCAUAUGAAUGCGACAAAGAUAAUAAACAAUGCCAGUGUUUACAAAGCAUGUGUGCACAGCCUGCAGAAGCUGAAAUAUUACAACUUAUUAAAAGAAGGCAGAAGCCCGCUCUUAAGCUGUAUAGACACACCUGCAAUCCAGAAAAGGCAAACUAUGCUGUCGAGGUGGAGAUCGAAUCAUUGGACUAUAACCAAAAAACUAAUCAGAAAAUUGCUCGUGGCAGAGUAUUGAAAAGUAUACAUCGAGGAAUAGAGCAACUAGAAAAUGGUGAUGAGAUGGCAUUCUUCUGGAGUUUGAACUGUGAACAGCCUCAUUUGGAAGAAGGGAACAAGUAUUAUGUUAUCGGACGAGAUGGCAAUAUAUUCAAAAUAGAUGGUCAUGAGGAAUAUCGUUAUCCGUUAAUGGGAACUGCUGUAGUAAUCAGGUCUUUUGAACCACGUGAGCGGAAACGAGGAACACAGAACUUAAAGAUCUUCCAAGUCGUAAAAAAGUACCAGCAAUUGAUGAAUUUGAGGGGAUGUGCGAGUUAAACCGUGCAGAAAUAUAUGUGGCUUGAAAACUAGCACGCACUUCUAUAAUAUUCUGUUUAUGUGCUUGCAACACAGAGGACAUAAAAUAUUUUCAUGAUUGUCGUAAAUACUUUUAACACUGAACGAGUGUUAACCACAGAAUGAUAUUUUCUUUAAUUUCCUUCAAUCACAUGUCGAGGUGUUUGAUCCAUUUUUUUUUGUAACAGUAUUUUUCCUUAAUUUCUCUGAUUUGCAAUUUUAGAUAAUACCACUAAUCAUAAAUAUCGUUCUAAAGAAGUCCGAGGGUGGUAAUUGGAACAUAUUCAUUUUAAAAUAUCUUCAUCACUGCCAAAUUUAUCUUCAAAAACGAUUUCUGUUGCCUAUUUUAGCCAUUUUUGAGACGGCUAUUUUUUCUUUAAUUUGAACUUUAAAUUUAUUUGUAGACGGAUUUUUAAAACAUUUUGAGGGUAACUUCUCAAAUUUUGUCAUUCGCUAGCAGUUUAGAAAGCGGAAAAAAAAAUACAUUGGUAAGAGAUUUGGCAUUUUCAACUAUAAAAUGUAUGUAUAUAUAUAAAUAUAUGUAUAUAUCCUGUAACCAUCUCUUAAAUAUUCUUAAAAUUAUGUAUAACUUGUAUCUUUAAUUGUGAAAACUGGUUUUGCAAGAUAAAGAAAAUUUAUAUGAAAAAACAUGUUAUGCAUUAGCAUAUCAAGCAUAACUUUAUAUUGAUUAUCUUAAGCUGGUAAUUCUGGUAAUUUAUUCACAGAUGUAUUUAUAUAAGAUUAAACCGUGUCAUUCAGAUGAUCUUGAAAUCAUCUUUGAGCUCCAUGACCCGAAAAGCUAUAGUUGAAUACUGAGCCUGAACAAAUCAACGUUCAAAGACUUAAACUUGGACUUGGACCAUAAAAAAAUAAUAAAAGAAAAUAGAAGUUUUUUUUAUUUUGCUCUAUGCAUUGCUAAACUGGUACAUAUUGAAACAGACUUUGGAUUCUGCAAUUAAAGACAACACAACAUAAUUAUUUCCGUCAGUAUAAACUUUAAAAAACAAACUUAUGGCAUUUGAAUAUUUGCUUGUCUGAGCUGUAGAAUUUAAACGUUGAUGAAUACUGGCCCAAAUAUCCAUGUGUCAUUUUGAAACAAAACAGCCGCAGUCUAUAACUUUUUUAUUAUAAUGCAGUCAAACUACUUUUUUAUUAAGGUAAUCGCUUGUAGAUAAAUACUUGUGAACAAGUGUAAAUGGUAAUACUUUCCAACGGUUUGCCAAAAAAUAAUCAAAGAUAAUGUGCAAGAUAUUUUUUGCUUAUUAAAUGAUAUUGGCAUGUCAUAAAUGGUUAUGUACUACUAGCCUAAGGGAAUAGCCAAUGUGCUUAUCUAGGUCUUACUUUACCAUUUAUUCAAACGUAACUUCUCUAUUGCACACGGCAUAGUUAUAACCGGUUAUUAUACUUUUUUCAAGGUUUGUUCACUGUAUUGUAAGGUAUAUAAUAGAAAAAAACUCAUUUCAUCAAAUGAACAUCAUAGUAAUAAUGCUAACGAAUGGCGUAUUAACGGGUUAGUGGUCAUAAUAAAAAAGACAUAUGAAUUUUCAUCAACAUUAAACAUAUAGCUCGUCCGAUUAUUGAAAAAAGGUCAAUGAGUUUUUGCCGCCACUUGACCAUCGGCAUUUGCGUUGGUCAAGAUUUUUGUUUAGGUCCACCUUUUCUCAAAAGCUACAAAAGAUAAAGCUUUAAAAGUUUACACGCGUUUUAACGUAAUUUGGGAAAAGAAUCAUAACCCGCACUUGCAAUUUCUCAGAAUAAUGACCCUUUUUGUACUUAGAAAAUCUGAAUUUCUUUGUUAAACCUUUUGUUUAGGUUCAUAUUUCUAUUACUGUAGGAGCAAUAGCUUAGAAACGAUAAGUAAGUGAACCAAGAACCAUUACUCAUGCUCAUAUUUUGUCAGAAUUAUUGGCAUUUCUGUAGUUAAACGAGUGAAAUUACUUGAUUAAAUAAUUUGUUUAGGUCCACUUUACUUGAAUACCAUAAAAGCAAUAAAUUGAAACUUUACAGAGUUGUUUAUCACCAAUAGACAAGUAAGUAGGCUAAAAACCGUAAUUCAGAUAUGCAUUUCCUCAGAACUAUGGCUCUUUGCGUACUGAAAAAUUGUAAUGUUUUGGUAUUUUUUGUUAAGGUCCACGUUUCGUGAUAGCUAUAAGAGCUUUAACUUUGAAACUUUGUGUACUUGUUUAUUACCAUAAGAUGUGUAAAUAGUGUACGAACAAUUGCAUUUUGUCAGAAUUAUGGCCAUUUUAACUUUGUAUUACUUUGUUAAUGUUUUAUUUUUGUUAAGAUUCACUAAACUUUGAACUAUACACUUCUGUCAUCAAUAUGUGAAUAAGAAGGUCAAGAGCCGUAACUCUUUUCUUGUAAUUUACCUUACGUCUAGCAGUUACAGACAAGCGAAGGCAUCCGCAGGCGGUGCUGCAUUUUCAAAGAUUUUUUUUUUGUACAAAAAUGUGAACCUAUCGCUAAGGUAAUUCAAAGUGUAUGACGUAACGUCACAUAUUUUUGGAACAUAAAUAAUUCUACGCAAAUGAGUGACCAUGGUUAUUCUUGUUGAUCAACUGUAAUGCUUGUAAUAUAUUUUGAGUUUUUAGCGACAGACUUUAUUAUUGCAGAAGAAUUUUUAAUUUUGCUUUCACUAAUCAAAGAAUAGCCAGUAGAAUUAUAUUUGAUAUUCUGUUCGUUUGAAUUGAUAGACCUUAGGGAUAUAAUCCCACCGUUAUAUUUAAAUAUACCACUGUAAAGCAUAUUAACCCUUACAAUGCUGGACACGAUUGAUUCUGCCUUUGCGACCAGUGUAGAUCAGGAUCAGCAUGCACAUCCUUGAAGUCUGAUCUUGAUCUGAACUGUUCGCCAUUUAAUCAGUAUCUUUUUGGUAUGCAUCCUUUUAACAUUUAAUGGUACUGUCCAAAUCUACAGGUGGACAAGUUCAUCAUAGGAAUUUAGCAGGCUAAAGGUAAGCCAUGCGAAUUUAUUAUAUGCCGCCCUAAACUUAAAUGUUAUAUUUGCAUUUUAACUGCAUUUUAACGUUGUGACGUCUUGACGUAGCUCGUGACGGUUUGAAGGAGAAUGGGAAAUGUUAUAAAAUAUGGCUGUAUUAUAAUUGAAAAGACGUAAAUUCAGUUUGAGUAUUUAAGGCACUGAUGAAACGUAUUUAUCCUUAUUUUCAUAAUUUUAAACAUUGUUUACAAAGAAUUCGUUAUGAGUUUACACAUUGACUGUAAUAAAAGAAAAUACAUAUGUUUUAUUUUUUCGGCUAACCUUUAUUUCAAGAACAAGACACAUUUGAUAUGAAUCUGUUUUUUGUUUAAGAAAAUCUUACUUCUCAUCUUUGUUUAGUGGAUAAAGUGGAUUGUUUUACAAACAGAACAGACGUCACAACAUAGUGGAAUUUAAUGAUUUGCACUACUUACAUUGUUACUAAAUCUCCGCUCAUCUCUCAUUUACAUGAUUAAAUAAUGAAAUUGAAUACCCAGAAAACAAAAGAAGUAAAAAAAGCCAUGGCCACAGACUAAAUCUUCACGACUGUAUUUAAAAUGCAUUAUUACAAAGGCCACUCGAAUAUCUAUAAUACAAACAAUUAUCAACUAAAAGUUAUUAAACAUAAUAACGUAGACGGAUUUUAUUGUGAUCAUUUAUUUGGUAAUAAAUCGCGUAAUGCCCGCAGAGGCAGGUAUAGUGGUGGCAUAAGCGUAUAUUUUAAGCAAACACUAGGAAAUAAUAUAAAAAUAGUGGAAAAGAACCAAAAUGGAAUUAUAUGGGUAGAACUUGGUAAGAAUCUUUUUGCAUUCGAAGAAAAUGUUUAUAUAUGUAAUACGUAUUUAACGCCAAAUAACCUUGUACUUGUUGAUAACGAUUUUGAUUUUUUUGAGGUAAUUGAAACUGGUCUAGAGAAGUAUAGACUGCAGGGUAAAUGCUUUGUUACAGGUGAUUUUAAUAGUCGCACUUCUGAUAUUUCUGAUAUCCUAGAUUAUGACAUGUACAUUGAUGUAGACGACAUGUUGUCAAACCAUCCGUUAAUUCCUACUCGAGAAUCUCGCGAUAGGGUACUUGAUAGAAAUGGGAGGCGCUUGAUUGAGCUUUGCCAAUCAACGUCCUACGUUAUAGGUAACGGUCGAUUGCAUGAAGACUAUGGUAUAGGUGAAUUUACAUACCAUUCAAUGAAUGGGUCAAGCGUCGUUGAUUACUUGCUAUUGAAUAUUCAUGACUUUGAUUGUGUCUCAGAUUUUAAAGUUUUACAACCUAACGAGUUUUCUGAUCACUCGGGGAUUUCCUUUAAUAUCUUAAGUAAACAAUCUGUCCAACCAUUAUAUGGCGAAGAAUUGAAAAAAGAAACUAUAUUAAAAUGGGACGAUGAUAAAUUAACAGAGUUUAAGCAAUUAUUAUUAAGGGAUGUAAAUACAUUUUCAACCCUUACAGAACGAAUAUACAAUAAUGAGAAUAUUGAUGAAGUAACAGAUAUAUUUGUUGAUACUUUAAAGUUUUCUGCUCAGAAUCUUUUUGGUAAAGAGCGGGUAAUCUUUAAAUCAGAAUUUUCUAAAUCCUCUACGAGUAAAAAGCCUUGGUUCGAUGCCAACUGUUUUACUAUGAGAGCCCAAUUUAAGAGAGCUAGGAAUUUAUUCUUAAAAGAUAAAACUAAUGUCAACUUAAGACAAGAUUAUUUACGUUCUAAAAAUAGUUACAAUAAAACGCUACGAACAAGUAAGAAAAAAUACAAAAGGAUCGAAGCUAAAAGCCUCACAAAUUUAAGUAAAUCGCAACCACGUAAGUUUUGGAAAAAAGUUAAAAAGCAGUAUGCUAAAACUCCCGUAAAAGCUAAUGAAUUAAAUAAUUCUGAUUUAUUUACCCAUUUUAAAAACUUAUAUAGCUCUGAAACGAAUGACAGGGAACAAAUAACUAACCAACCUUUGAUUGCAGAUGACGAUUUAGAUGGAGCUAUAACUAUCGCAGAAAUUAAAGAUGCAGUUUUCUCACAAAACAAUAAUAAAAGCGCAGGUAUUGAUACUAUUAUUGCGGAAAUAUAUAAGCAUUCUUUUGACGUUAUUUCGCCCUUUUUAUUGGCAAUUUAUAAUAGAAUUUUUGAACAGGGGGAAUAUCCUAAGAAAUGGGGAGAAGGUAUUAUUGUCCCAAUUUUUAAAGGAGGGAACAUUGAAGAUUCUAAGAACUAUAGAGGAAUUACUCUGAUAAACGUUAUUGCAAAAAUUUAUUCCCAAAUAUUACUUAACCGUCUAACCAAAUGGUCUGUUAAGCAUAGUAAAAUUAUUGACAAUCAGUUUGGCUUUCAGAAAAGAAAAUCUACGAUAGACUGCAUAUUUUUGUUACACUCAAUAAUUGCUAAGUCACUGUCACAGGGUCAGAAGAUUUACUGCUGUUUUUUAGAUUUCGAGAAAUGUUUCGACAAACUAGAUCGAUCUUUUAUUUUUCAAAAGUUGUUUACAGAAAACGUUAGCUCAAAAUUUAUAAUAGCGCUACAAAGUAUGUAUGCAUCAGUUAAAGCAGCUGUAAGGUAUAAUAACAAAAUUUCGCCGUUCUUUGAUUCAAAUAUUGGGGCAAAACAAGGUGACCCCAGUUCCACUUUAUUAUUUUUAUUCUUUGUAAAUGACAUAUUACAAAACAUAAAUUCCAAUAUAGACGGUCUUUUUACAAUUGAUGACGUCAAAAUAUUUAUUUUGCUAUUCGCUGAUGACGCAGUUUUAUUUGCGCAUUCGCCUACAGCACUUCAGUCUAUGUUAAAUGAUUUACACGCAUAUUGCCAAAGAUGGGGACUUAAAGUAAAUACCAAUAAAACAAAAAUUAUGAUUUUUGAAAAAGGCCGACAUACUCAACACAAUUUUAUAUAUAAUGAUACAGCGUUGGAAAAUGUGAAAAUAUUUAAGUAUCUUGGAAUAAAUUUGUUCAAAAAUGGUCAGUGGUACCGAACACAAAAGAAAUUAGCACAACAUUCCCUGUUUUCAUUACACAAUUUAUUUACAGUAUUUAACCAGUUAGAAUUAUCUAUUAAUGAAAAAUUUAAACUUUUUGAUAGCAUUGUUGGUUCAGUUUUAAACUACGGUGCUGAAAUUUUUGGUUAUCAUGAAGGGAAAAAUAUAGAAAUGAUACACUGUAAAUUUCUUAGAAAAAUCUUAUGCGUAAAAAAGACAACAAAUCUUGAUGGACUUUAUGGUGAAACGGGGAGACAUCCCAUGCGAAUACAACGAAAAUUAAUUAUGAUAAAAUAUUGGUUAAAAAUACUCUCUUUAGGUAAUGACUGCUUGCUGAAACGAAUGUAUAACGUCCUAAAACUUGAUGCAGAAAAUGGUCUUUCUUAUGGUGGAAAUAAUUGGGCAUUUCAAAUAAAACAAAAUUUAAAUGAAAUUGGAAUGACAAAUCUGUGGAUUAAUCAAGAACAUUUAACAAUAAAUUUUCUGCAAAUAAAAAGUAGAAUACUCGACAUCUAUAAGCAAGAAUGGUACGGUAGCGUUAAUAAUUCUAGUAGAUUAUCAACAUACAGUAUUUAUAAACAUUCUUUUGAAACAGAAGAAUAUCUUAAAAAAGUUAACAUUAACAAAUUUCGAAUUUCACUUACAAAAUUUAGAUUAUCGUCACAUAAUUUAGCAAUAGAAACCGGACGAUACGAGAAUGUUACACGUGAAAACAGACUUUGUACAAAAUGCAAUUUAAAUGUAGUAGAAAAUGAAUUCCACUUUUUGUUAGUUUGCCCGAAAUAUUACAAUCUACGUCGCAAAUAUUUGAAACCAUAUUACUGUCGUUGGCCAACAGCACAAAAGUUUCAAAAUUUAAUGUCUGCAUCAAAUACUCAGAUAUUAAACAAUUUAUCUAAAUUUUUGUAUUUUGCAUUUAAGGAACGAAACAAUGAUUAAAGCAUUUUUACGCUCAUCAUCUACAUUACUUUACAUACUUAUUUUAUCAGUAGAACAUUAUUACUUUGUAAACUGUGAAUACGUAAAUACUUUCUCUGUAAAACACUAUCACUUAGUAAGCUGUGAGUCAUCUUACAUUACAUGAUUGUUUUUGUAAUUGUAUUGGCUAUAAAUGUGUAUUUGUCAUUUUAUGCCAAAUAAAGUAUAUGUUAUGUUAUGUUAUGUUAAUAAAAAGACUGAAAUUUUAUCUUAUUUACAUGUGACAAAAUUUUGUUUAUAUUUGCAAGAAUUCUCAGUGUUAAUUGAGGUCAAUUAGUGUGUCAUUAAUAAGCAUGAAGAAAACGUAUCGUGCAUGUUUAAAUCAACACGAGUGAAAGAGAAACAAAAAACAAACAGUUACCAUGUUUAUUUGGAGCAUCUUUAGCAAAUAGUAUAGUCACGCAUUUCUCUUCAUUUUUAAUUGUAUAAGUGCUUUACGAUUUUCUUAUUCUUCUGCAGUAUUUAUUGAUUCAGCGCAGGGCUUUUAAACAAAUAUAUGGAAUAAACAUUUGAUAUCUGAUGUUGAAAGUAAAUGAAAACGGAUUAAAUUAUAUUUCCAUUCAAAUCAUUUUUUCAAAAGUACUUCUGUUAAAAAAAAUGUGCUCGAAAAUUAGGUCAACUUCUAGUUAUUCUGUGCAAUAAUACUAGUAUAUUCUAUUUAACAACCAUUUUCUCUUAUGGGGUAGACUAAGUUCACUGAAAUGACUGUGCCAUAUUUUUUAUAGUUCAGUGCUAAUGUGUACUUUAUAAUACCACAUAGAAGUAUGAGCAAUUUAACAGAAAUGAAAAUGUCAUCUAUCAAAUAAAAAUAUGCAUAUAAAUUUUAUUUUCACCUUCACUGUUAAAAGAACUUUAGCUAUGGCAACUUUUACCUUUGUUUUCAUUUUUCUAUGUGCAUGCCUUAUAAUGUGCUUUUAUUGUCUUUUUGAUUAUUAUAUAAAUAAAACUAUAAACAGAAACAUCUCAA